ACGGCUACAUCCGGGUCCUGCGUGGCUGGGUGAGAAGAAAACGAUCAAGCGGAAUCUGCUGGGCUGACUCUUGCGAAUUCUUCCAGAGCGCCUCGCUCUAGUAACCUCCAGCGGAAGGGGCGGGGCUUCUAGAAAGAGCUGUGCCAGAAGUGCUGGUCUCCGUGGUAGCGAGGCCUGGGCAAAGAUGGGCCGCCGGAAGUCAAAGCGAAAGCCUCCACCCAAGAAAAAGAUGACUGGCACGCUUGAGACCCAGUUUACUUGCCCUUUCUGUAACCAUGAGAAAUCCUGUGAUGUUAAAAUGGACAGAGCUCGGAAUACAGGUGUGAUAUCCUGUACUGUGUGCCUGGAAGAAUUUCAGACCCCUAUAACAUAUCUUUCAGAACCUGUGGAUGUUUACAGUGAUUGGAUAGAUGCUUGUGAGGCAGCCAAUCAGUAGCAGGGACUGGAGAAGAACGUGCCCGGAGUUAGCCGCAUUUUUAAUUUAGAAGUGGGUGUUUUGCUCCACAAUCCAACGAGGAUCCAACUGGAGCGGCCGGGAGGCGGUGGUUCUUGCGAUUUUAUCUCCGUCAAGGAAUCUUGUCAUUUUUCAUGAAUCCCCCUGAAAUUUAGGGACGAAAGACCAUCUGUAUGAUCCACCAGGAGGAGAGAGGCAAGCAAUUUUGUGAACAGCCCCAGUCCUGAGAAUCUGCUACAAGAUUAACAUGGGUGCAGACUGCUGAGUGCCACCGCACAGCACCAUUCAUUUCAGUGGGAUGUGUCCAUUUGGGGCUUUCACUCCUUCACAGCACUAGUACAUGAAAUGUCCUGCCCUUUGUGUCCAUGAAUAAACUCAAUAAAUGCAAGAGGUAAUCCCUUCCUGA